AGUGGCAGCUACAGCAUUACGCACUCUAAUUUGCUAUAAACAAUUUGCUAAUUUACACUACCCAUCAUGAAUUCGACGACGCUGCUGAUCUAUACGCUGCUGGUGUCCAUGCUGCUGCUUCUUCAAGCGCCGGCUGGCGAGUCCACGUUUCUAUUGAUUGCCUGUCUUUACCGUUUGAAUAUCUGUCCGUUCCGCACGACUACGACAACGGUGGGGACAACAUCUUCUAGGUAAAUAACUAUUGGGAAAGAAACACAAACAAAUUGCAUUGGCAACUUAACAACUAAUUAAACCUAUUAAAUCUAUAAUAACUUUUAGUUGGAACAAUAAAUGUGUUUAUUCAAAUGUGAUUUUA